AUGCAUGGCAAGCGCGGUCACCGCAUCGGAGACGGUUGCCCUCCCGGCUUCACAGAUGAGAGCUUGAAGCAGGAUAUAUGCUUUCUGCUUGAUCACAUCCAUGGUUUCUACAAAGCAGCGCUUGAUCGGCUUCCUAUGCCCUCUCUAGCCCCGCGCCUCCUGAAAGCUGGCAUGUGCAUCGGCUUCCUCGACCCAGUCUCCAACAUCAUCGUUAACACCAUUGCCUACACCGCUUCAUCGUCCGACGAGGAGACACGGGAGUCGAUCCUGUCCAAGAUCAUUACCGACACCACUGACCAAUUUGUCUUUCAAGUACCACUUUCCCUGCACAAGGCCGAAGGUAUGACCAUCGCGCGGCGGUCGCUGGACGGUCUUGUCACCUUCCUGACCUCCCACUACCGCUACCUCGCGGAUCGGGUAGCGCUGCGCUACCUCUGCCUGGCCAAGGCUGACCUUCUCGCCGCCGUGCGCCUCAUCGAGCGAGAUCGUAACCAGAAGCGCAAUGGCAAGCUCGCGUGCGGUAUUGCAUCACGUACAACCAAGGUUGCCCUGGAAUGUGCCGCUAUAUCUGCAAGGCAUCCUAAACCAUACAUCCUGGUGAAAGCGUCGCUGAUUAUGGCCUCUCCCCAGAUAGAUGUCACUACACUUGUUGCUGGACAAGACCCUAGCGUCUCUGAGUUUCUGAGGCAAGCUCGUCUGAGCAUGAACCGAUCACUGGAUCUUUGUAGUAAGGAGAACAAGAAGAGAAAGAGAAGCGAGCAGAAAUCUACUGCCACAGAGUCCAUAGAGGGAAGCAGGGCACAUAGUAGUCUUGUGUCUCAGUCGACAUUCACAUACACGCGGUCGUUGAAGCUGUUGCUCCUUGGCAAGAUUCAUGGGCUCUACUUACAGGCACUUGCCAAGCUGCCCCGGGAUGGCCUGCGCAAGCGUCACCACUACAGCCUCCUCAAGUGUGGAUAUUGCUAUGGACCCAGGGAUCCUGUCUCCAACAUUAUUCUCAACUCCAUCUGGUACGGCUCUAUGUUCCCCACGCCUCAAGAGUUUGAGCUACAAUUUAAGGUGGGCAUGAUAUGCACAGACAUGCUUGCACGCGUCGAAUACUGCUCCCUUUAUGGCCUUGUUGCGCUCCUUCGGACCUGCUUGCCCUCUCUCACGGAGCAGGACACCCUCUGGUAUCUGUUCUGCAGCGAUGCUGAUGUCCACAAGGCCAUCCGCAAGGCAAAAAAGCAUGGCCAUGCUCAUGGUGUCUGUGAAGGUGACAAUCACCUCCACAAUGCUUAUAGGCAAGCGGCGGUUGCUUCAUGGCAUCCUGACCCUGAAGCUCUGGUGAAAUUUUCCAUGUCUUCCUUGAACAUGGAGUCUGCAGAGUUGCUAACUAUAUUGCAGCAGGGCACACUCACAAACGGCGCAGUUGAAUGCCUCACCAUGGCUUUGCCUCCUACCAAGGCCGAGGAUCAACAGAACCAGGUGGUGACAUCAAGCUCAAAGGUCUUGAGCAAAAAACAGAAUAGGUUUAUUUCAGAGUUCCGAAAGAAAUUUAGGCGCGACCAAAACUUCUUUGCCAGAAAGGCCAAUGGGGCUUUGAGGAAAUACUCUCAGCAAAAAGGGGUGGACUAUAAACUUCAUACAAUUUGCGGCGUGAAUCCCAAGGUACCUGAAGGGCCAAGCAUUGGGACCGCUAUGCGGAAGUUCAAAUUUGAGUACUUCCAUAUCAACUUUUUGGCAACAGCCAAGGGACUAAAUUCUGCUCCACAACUAUUCUUCGCUCAAUGUAGCAAUAGUGUUAAAGAAAUGCGGAAUAGGGCAUCCUGGUGCACCCCCGUAUCGUAUUCUUGCAUAGAUAAUGUUCGAUGCUUCCCAUGUGAGUUUAGAGGGUCAAAGAUUGUGCAUCCAUAUGAUGAGACAUAUUGUGGGUUCUACAAGGAUUUCAAGCUAAUGGCUAAGGGAAAACACGACACUCCCAAUGGACUUGCUAUCAGUGCCUGCUAUUCUAAUUCUGAUAAAAUGUGCUCACUGACAGAGGAUUGGAUCUAUUUUGAUCCCAAUAUGGACUCCAAGUUUGCAGAGAUGAAUCCGAUUCCUAAUGUGGCUAGAAAGUUGAGGAGGUGGAAAGCUAGAAGAAUACUUUAAUAUGUUUCUUUUUUGUAUGAUGGGAUAUAAUGUAUUAGCUUGGUAUGAUGUCUCUGGGUAGUAAUUACUAUAUUCAUACGAUCUAUUGGAA